AUGACGGUGUCUUCAGAUCCCAACGAUGGCGAUAGCUCGAGCAGAGCCUUGGGGCAAUCCGACGCUGCAACCUACAGCAUCUAUGCCAGCUCUGCAGGUCAACGUCCUGGCGAGAAUAUCCAAGUCCUGGCAGCUGGAAGUAACCUGGACAGGUUCGUAGCUGGCUUGAACACCAGCAAAGUCAUAAUCUUAUCAAACACCCCAGACCCAACUGCGAGUUUCCAUGAUUCAGAUGAGACCAUAAAAUGGUUCCAAAACAUUGACGAUGGCGCCAGUGGCUCCGUCACAGUCGAUGGUUCAGCAGCAAAGAACCUCGAAAGCUUCCAAUUCUCCCUCUCUCAGCCCUGGCCCCUUGAGUUCAGCUCUGCAAACGAUGUACUGCUCUUCACAUUCGGCUCUACUGGCCUUCUAGGCAGCGAUGAGACGGGAUCCCGAAUCGAAGCACCGGGAAUUGAUGCGACUGGCAACAUGCUGACUUGCGGUCUUGACUUUGCCAACAUGAAAGACAUUACCGGCGUCAGAGUCAAGGAUGUUUUCAAGAAUGCCAAUAAAGAAGGCCUGACAGAUUUCAUCCCUCUUGCGGUCCUUGCCCUUGAAGUGACGCUGAACAGGCCUCCCGCUGAUGCAAAACCCAUGAGGAACGCUCUCUGGUACGUCCCAUCAGCGGACAAACGACUUGAGACUCGUCUACAGUUCCAGCUCUCAGAUUUCGAGGCAUUACAGGAGCUAUUCUCAAUUUCUCUGAACGGUCUUGUUAUUGAUAGUGCAGACGUGGUCUACAAAAGCAAGAUGCAAUUGGCCGCGACGGAAAACGGCGAGAUGCCUCUUUUCGAUGGUCAAGUGACAUUCAGCAUCGAGUGCUCCCUCAACAGCGCUGGGAGUACAGUCUCUAUGCUCGCUGGCGUUGAAUUUACCUCUACCACGAUUGACUUUACCUUCAUGUUCUUGUCCCCAGAUCCUCUUGCAGGAAUACUGCGAUGGCUGGCUGGCCUUGCCGACGACGAAGAGGUUGAGACGGUCGUCAAUGACAUCCUGGGCAAGGAAGAAGGUGGCAAAAAGGUUCUACCUGCUGCAAAUCUGCGAAGACUACGUAUUGGGCUUGACACAAGAAAGGAUCCGCAGAAUCCUAGACUUGGCUCCUUUUCUUUUGACAUCGAGGUCACUGCGAAUUUUGGGCGUGGAGAUAGCAACGAUACUCCUGUUUUCUUGAUCACGUACAACUGGAAUCGGUCCAUCGGUACUUAUGGCACUCUGACUGGACAGUUGUGGAACAACUUUGAUACGUCAGGUGAUCUUGACCUGGAACCAGAAGGAGAGAAAUGGGCUAUUCUCAAGCCCUUGACAGCCUCGCCUGCGUCCUCCAUUGAUAUCGCCACUCUGGUUCCCGGCCAGACGGUAGUCGAUAUUCCGGACACUCUGCCUUCCCAGAUAACGCUUGCAUCCAUUGAGUUAUCCCAAGAAUCGUUCUGCCUUCGUUGUCAAGCUACUGCAAUCCCGCCUACCCCAGGUUCAGCCCCCCAACCCUAUCUCGGAGAAGUCGUUCUCGCCACUUACUUCAGCUGGGGCAGAAGUUCAGUCUUCACCUUUGACGUUGGGAUAUCCGUCCUGAUUGAACCCCCAGAGGAUUCUGAGUUUGAUCUCCCGGCUACAUUCGUCGGAACUCUCGGCUACGACUCUUCAAAGAAGUCUUGGGAGCUCACAGCUUCUAUCACUGGAUUGUAUGCUAUUGUGCUAGCAGAGUUCUUCCACGAUGAUGAGAAGGACCACGUUGGACCGCUGAUCAAUUCCAUUGCCAUCAACACUUUGUCUGUGAUCUAUACGUACGAGAGACAGAGUGGAAAUACUGCCAAAUCGGUGGGAAGCACGUUUACUAUCUCUGGUGACUUGGUCGUUGCGGAAUUGAGAUUGAACCUCGACUUCAAAUACACCUCUAGUGGUUUUACUUUCUCAGCGGCAUUGAACCCAGCUGACAGGAAUGCCACUAUCGGGGAUAUCUUGACUGACCUCCUUGGUACUUCAUUUGAUAUACCGGACUUUGUAUACGACACCCUGAUAGUCGGUAACAACAAGGACGCGUUCCGCAUUGAUAUCCAGAAGAUGAAAGACGCUUCCAACGUUGAGUCAUUCCAAUUCCUCGCCAGUCUUAACAUUGGACAUCUCCAAUUCCUUUUCUCUCAGCUCCACAGCACCAAAUGGGGUCCCAGAGAUCCUUCGAAGAGACUGUUCAAGGCAGCCAUCAAUGGCUUCGGCGACAUGGAACUUGAGAUUCCUCUCGUCGGCACAUUGUACCAACCACUUGAUGAGCUGUACUUCCUCUUCGCCCAGGACCCCAAGCCGCCAAAUCGACCUGGACAACUCACAGGCCUUACGCGCGAGGAUAUUGGUCUACUCAACAGUGGCGUGUUGCAAAAGGAUCAGCUGCUUGUUGCUGACAAGAUCAAGGAGACAAAACCAACAGACCUUCUGGUGCCUUCUGGAUGUCACUUCGCUGUCAUCAUACGCAACGUCGCCAAGGGUGAGCGCGUGUGUCUGUUAAGCUACAGCUUUAUGAAGCCGCAGCCUUCGUCAUCACAAGCACUCGUCUCUGGUGCGGAUGAUGAGGGGAAAAGACGCACUGAGGAGGAGAUGGACGAUGGAGGUCCUAGUGCCCAAGCGCCAUUCAAAAAGGAUACAGGGCCUAUAGCCAUCAGCAACGUCGGUCUGAAAUACAAGGCCAAGACGCUGUCGAUAGUCUUUGACGCGACAUUCCAGCUUGGACCGAUUGGCUUCUCUCUUCUUGGCUUCACGCUCAAUACUCGUUUCAAGAGCCUAGACGAGCUGCCAACAAUCAGCGUCAACGUCGAUGGUUUGGCAGCUUCCUUUGAUAGACGUCCUUUGACAAUCGCCGGAAUCAUCGUUCACGGGAAAGAUGGCACCAUGGAUUACUACGCCGGCGGCCUUAUCAUCGGCUUCCGUCCCUACCAGUUCCAAGCCGCCGGCUUCUACGGAGUGAUCACUCUCGCGGGUAGUAAUAGGAGCUUCCAGAGCGUCUUUGUAUUUGCAAAGCUCAACGGCCCGCUCAUGACCCUUGCCUUUGCCGAGAUCAGCGGCAUUUGCGGUGGCUUUGGCUACAACAGCAGCGUUCGCUUGCCUUCUGUAGACCAAGUGUCCGAUUUCCCCUUCAUCAACAGCGGCCGUCUCAGCAACAAUGAAAAUGCGAUGGAGGUCCUCAAAGAGCUUGUCGACCCUUCCGCCGGAGGAUGGUUCCAGCCGCUUGACAGCACCUACUGGGGUGCUAUUGGUAUGAAGCUCUCUGCGUUCCGUAUGCUGAGCGUCGAUGCUGUGGUUGCAGUGCAAUUCGGUGACUCGGUAAAACUUGGCAUCUUUGCAGCAGCGACUUGUGACAUUCCUUCCUCCAAUGCGCGACUUAAGCUUGCCCAUGCGGAGUUGGGUAUCGCCGCUGUCUUGGACUUUGACUAUGGCUUCUUCAAGAUCGAGGCGCAGCUUUCACCUCGCUCCUACAUCCUCAGUCCUAACUGCCAUCUGACCGGCGGCUUUGCCCUUUGUUACUGGUUCGAUGCGCCUCUCGCUGAUAGGGCCAGAAUUGGAGACUUUGUGUUCACCUUGGGCGGAUACCACCAAGCCUUCCGCGUUCCUGUUGGCUACCCUAACCCCCCUCGACUCGGUAUCAGCUGGAACUUGGGCGGUGGCCUGUCGAUCUCUGGAGAGGCAUAUUUCGCCAUCACUACCAAGGCGUGCAUGGCUGGUGGACGUCUCCAUGCUGCGUUUAAAGCAGGACCUCUUUCUGCCUGGUUUGACGCCUUUGCCAAUUUCCUUAUUAAUUACCGGCCCUUCUACUUUGACAUGUCAGCUGGUGUGUCUGUCGGAGUCGGCUUCAGCAUCGACUUCUGGUUCAUACACAUCCGUAUUUCUGUCCAAAUUGGUGCUGAGCUGUACCUCUGGGGCCCGCCAGUUGCUGGUCGCGUCCAUGUUGACUUCUGGAUCGUCGCUUUCGACAUUAACUUCGGCGACCACCAUCCCAAGAUUGACCCUGUCAGCUUGUCCGAUUUCUACGAGCUUGUGCUUCAGGAUUCACCCGCUUCCUCUUUUGCGUCUGCCACUUCUCUGAUUACAGGCAAGCAGCAACAGGAGCCCAUCGCGGCGUCGACAUUGAGUAGACCCAAGAAUGAAGCACACAACUUCCUUGCUGAGUCUGGACUCCUAAACCCCGAUGACCAACCGGAACGAGGACAGGAAGACCCUUGGACUGUCCGCGCUGGCACAUUUGUCUUUGUUGCGGAGUGCAAGAUGGCCAUAAGCACUGUUACAACAAGCGACAACGGUGCUCCAAUUUUGCAGGGCAAUGACGUCUUCAGCAAGCCAAUGGGAAUGACAACGCCUAUGGCUUCGACCCUGCAAAUUCAAGUCAUUCAUGAGGAUGGAAGUAACCCCGAAGAGGAUUGGCAAUUUGAGAGAUAUACCCAGAUGCUUCCAAGUGCUCUGUGGGAAAGAUAUGACCGCAGAACCGAUCCGCGCCAGAGUGGAAACAACGUCAAUGAUCUGCUCAAUACCAAUAACGGUAGCCCCUCUCUCAUGACAGGCGUAAGGGUCACUGCACCCAAGCCAGCCAUGUCUCCGGACCCAUUCCCAGCCUACAAGGUUGCAGAUGCAGACCUCCAGGAGCUAACUUCCAAACGGAAUUUCCCUGGUAUGGUUACAGCUGAGGAUGCAUGGGCUCCAGUCAAGCCGAACGAUGACAUCAAGCAGAGAUAUGAAGACAUUCAUGAGGCUUGGGUAAGUCCUGCGCUGGAGGAGAAGGGCCAGCAAGACUUUGUGGGUGCUUUGGCCCAGAGCUUGGGAUGGAGCGAUGUGGGCCGGUUGAAGAGCAUCGCUGGAAUUCCGGAGAGACUGAAGAAGGGUUUUAUGAACAUGUAUGUCGCAUCUCCGCUGUUGGCUGCCUGA